AUGCAAACACAUACUCCUCCAAGCUCUAUAGGCCAUGCCCGUCAGAGCAGUGAUGAAUCUUGUCGAAGUCUAGGACAGCUCGAGGAUCCACACACCGCAUGUCCUGGGCGGAGACACAGGAGAGCCAGACCAUCUGACUCGAUCGCAUCUAAGUCGUCAUCCAAACAUCAACGAUCAUCCACCUCCAAUGGCUUGUCAGAUUUCAUCACCGCAAUACCCGAACCUCCUGCAAUCACCAAGCAAUUGUCUCAAUACGUCCUUCGUGCGCAACGGAAGUUCAAGCCGUAUGACAAGCCGCAUGGUCCCUUGCCCACUGCACUAGAGCUCCGUUAUGUUGAUAGGUUUUGCGGGAAGUGCCCCGGCGAGACUGAUAUGAGCCUGGCAGAUGUCAAAGCGGGCAAAGACGUCUUUGAGCGUGGUGUUGCGCUCCUAUCUAAGGAGACUAUCACUCAAAUUGUUGUCGCCAAGCGAGCUGCUUGUGAAUCUAUGCGCUUACGCGCUAUGACAACGGCUUGGGAAAUCCAAGCCUCAUCGGAACACUCUAAGCUUCUUGAACUGAUUUUUAAGGAGGAAGCUAGAAAAUUUGCCAAUCGCGCCGCAGCAGUUUCCUUUAUGGAAAUGCUCGUUCCACAGAACAAGCAAGAGCUUGAAGCUUCUAUGGACUUCCACGUUGGCGCAUACAGUCAUGACCUCACGUCACUCGCUGUUGGUGACUUACAGCUCGAACAAGUUGAGGGCCUUGCACGCAACUUACCCGAGGAAGAUGGCUCGGAUGUGGAAAGGAAUCCUGUGGAGUCCGAGUCCGAAUCCGAAUUGGAUGGCUGA